CACCAUUUCCUACUCUUCUUCUAUCUUUCACAAACCCAAACGGCUAUUUAUUCUCUCUUCUACUUCCACCCAUCUUCACCACUCUCUCACUAUUCUCUAAAAAUGGCUUUCAAAAUUAUUUCCCUUGCUUUCUUAUUUUUAAUCAUAUUACAAACAAAUGCACAAUCUCCCGCAUCUUCCCCACUUAAAUCCUCAACUCCCUCUAAAUCCUCGGCUCCAGCCGCCGCUCCUAUCGAAGCCGCUGAUUCACCAACACCAGCUUCGGCUCCACCUCCUUCCAAGCCGAAAUCACCGGCUCCAGCUCCUUCUAAGCCGAAAUCACCGGCUCCUGAAAAAUCCCCAGCUUCGGCUCCUGUAGUUUCUGAAACACCAGCUGAGGCUCCAUCUCCAGCCGCUAAGCCACCAGCUAAAGCACCGGCUAAGGCGCCAGCCAAAGCGCCGGCUAAGGCGCCAGCCAAAGUACCGGCUAAGGCUCCAGAAAGCUCACCGCCGGCUCCUCCACCGGAGACGGCGGCUCCAGUAGAGGCUCCAGAGGCGGCUCCACCGGCUCCAGAGGAGGUUCCGGCGCCGGCUCCAAGUGAGGAGCAUCAUGCGCCGCCGCCGUACCAUUGCAAGUUUAAGAAUAAGAAGCAUUGUAAAAAGCAUCAUUUGGCACCGGCUCCGGCUCCUGAGUUGUCGAGCCCACCUGCGCCACCAGCUGAGGCUCCUGGGCCUAAUAGUGAUAGCCUUGAUGAUUAUGCUCCAAGCCCAUCUGAAGAUGAUUCGUCGAAUGGAGAAAAGAUCACAUGGGCAGCUAAAUUGAUGGUCAGCUUAGCAUUUGGUUGCGCUGCUGUGCUUCUUUUCUAAAGUUUCUAGAUACAGUAGUUUCCUCUCCCCUUUCUUCUCUUUUUCAUUUGAGUUAAUAUUUUAAUGAAUUUUUUAUUCAUUUCUUGGCUCAGUACAAUUGAUAUCACGAGAUCAUACUUAGACAACUUGAGCUUAUAUUAUACUUACAUUGAUUGUAUUAUUAUUAUUAUUGAGGUUAUAUUUAAUAUUCAAUCCUAUUUAUUCAGAGA